GUUUUCGAUUUCGACGGUAACAUUUCAAAAGGCAUCAUGUACAUUUUGACACUUUCUGGGUUAUUGUAUAUUCUGAAAGUACUUCUAAUAAGCUACCUCUCCACCAAAAAUGAGCAAAAGUUACUUCAGUAAAGUCUGUUUAAUCAUGAUUUUAAAUAAAGUAACAUAAACAAAAUCUCUGCCAUCAGCAGUCCCUGUUUAUAUAGCCCUGUCAACCUGUCAAACAAAAGGCUACAUAAACCUCGUGACGAAAAAAAAGCAACAUGAAAAAAGCGCCAUGUACAUUCGGCGAAGAAAAACGAAUCAUAACAAAGCGCCCCCCUCAGUGACAGCAGGGUGAUAUCGACGUUGGUGAUUUCAAAAGAAGUUAUGUUUGUUUUUCUCAAAUAAAAUUACGGAAAUAAUGUUUUAUUGAAUUUGGAUGAUCAAGUAUCAAUAAAAGCAACGUUUUUCAUCGUUUGUUAUCAUUAGAACAUCUUAUUUUGCUUUUAUAUAAAAAUGGUAAUUGAAAAUGGAUGCUCAACAUUCAAAUGCGUUUUUCUCAAAACGCAUGGUUUGUACAUGAUGCUUUUUGAAAUGUUGGCAUCGAUUUGUUGGUAAAUUUGCACAAUCUGUCAAAAAAGAGUUUGCAUUUUUUGGGCUCUGCAGAAAUUUUCGAUUUUUCUGUGAAAACCCUAACAAAAUUCAGCCGGAAUGGCCGCGUUCAACCUGGCCAAGUUUCCGGACGUGUGCCGGGUGUGCAUGAAGCCGGAAUCGAAGCAGUUGAUGCUGCGGCUGGACGGGACAACCCGCCGGAGAGGUGGCGGCGGUGGAGACAGUCUGGAAAAGUUCCUGGACGAAAUUACCUUUCGCGUUUCGGAGCACAAAAUCGGCUGUUUGCCAAAAAUGAUUUGCACCGGAUGCUCCGAGGAGCUUCAACGGUUUGCCACCCUGCGGCGGAGGCUGGUUUUGACUCUGCAGUUCAUGGAGGCACUGAUUGAUCUGAAGAGCGACUCCAACUCGGAACCUCUGUCGAAGCUGUUCAAAAGCAACCAGCGCGAGCUGGAUGCACUUUUCAAGGAGCUAUCCCUCUGCAACAAGGAGGAAGCUCUGGUGGAUGAUUUGCUGGAGGAGUUUGCAUCGUACGAAUUUGCCACGAUGCCGCUGGAGUUCACCAUCAAGGAGGAGGAUCCGGUUGAGAUGGAUUUUGGCGGCGACGAUGACGAUGAUUUUCGGCAAGCCAACGAUAAUGGGAGCGACGACAGCUCGUCCGAGGACAUCAAACCGGAGAUGGUUCUCGUGGCAUCCGAUCAGGACUCGGACAGCAGUAGUAGCAGUAGCAGCAGUAGCAGCAGCAGUUCCGAUGCGCCGCGAAAGAAAAGACCCUACCGUAAAGGCCAAAACUUCAAGAAGAAAACCGAAGCGACCGGGCAGCGGCGAGGCCGGGGUCGUCCUCGACUCUACAACAACGGGACGUUCCUCGACGAGCCGUGGUCGUGCGACAAGUGCAAAUUCACCACCAAGUAUCGGAACGCCGUGGAGCGGCACAAAAACGUCCAUCUCAAGCGCGAGAACAAGAUCUUUCCCUGCACAGACUGCAGGGAAGUGUUCAAAACGUACGAUGAGAUGCGCAACCACAGCUUGACCCAUCCGGAGAACCAGGUUGUCUGCGAAGUGUGUGGGAUUGCGCUGAAAAACAGCUACUCGCUGAAGGCGCACAUGGAACGGCACGAGGAUGGCCGGAAGUACUCUUGCGAAUACUGUGACUAUACUGCCCAGACGAGCUUGAGUUUGAAGGCUCACAUGCAGGCCCACAUCCGGGACAACUGGAACAAAAGGUGCGAGGUGUGCGGAGUCGUGUUUAGGACAACGAGUCGCCUCAAACGCCACAUGGAAAGCCACGACAACGAGCGGAAGUACGCCUGCGAUCAAUGUCCGGCACGGUUCAACACGUCAAACGCACUGCGUAAUCACCGAACGCGCGUACAUCUGGCCAUCCGACACGCGUGCGAGCACUGCGACAAGACGUACGACCAGAAAAUCGCUCUGCGUGACCACGUUGAACGAGUUCACCAUAUCCAAUGCACCUUCAUCUGCGACGUGUGCGUGCAAACCUUCGACAGCCAGCAAAAGCUGGACGUGCACCGAACCCGCCACGCUCACCCGAAACCCCUCGAGUGCAGCAUCUGUCUUGCACUGCACACAACCCAGGAGGACUUCGAUAACCACCAGUGCAUCACCUACCAGGAGCACUACUUCUGCUGUGGCAAAGAUCUUCGUAACCACCUGCAGUACAACAAGCACAUGAUGGUCAAGCACAACCUCAAGACGAACGCCCGCGUCAAGCCCGUGCCCGGAAUCCUGCUCGGGGAACUCCGCGGCGCCCGGAAGCGACUCGAGCAGUGCCGCAAGUGUGACAUCGCCUUCCCGACGCGGGCGCUGAAGCUGCAGCAUUUGGCCAUCUGCAGCCAGCAGGGGACGGCGCCGGAAAAGGUACCGCUGCCCGAGCCGGUGCCGGUGAAUGUUCCUGUGCCACCGGUGCCGGUGAUAUUGCCGCCGGUUGUGCAAGGGGGACAGAUGCAUCAGCAACAGCAGCAUAUUCAACCGCAUCCGGGGAUGAUGAUGGACAUGGAUGGAAGUGUUGGCGGAGUGAGUACGGCGGGGGGAUAUUAAAACUUACUUUAAGAAAUAUUACUCUAUGAUUAACUGUCGUGUAGUGGAAGUUUGCGUAAAAAUGUGUUAUUUAUCCGAACGUUCC